AUGUUCGCCCUCCGCCGCGCCCUCCGACCGCUCAACGUCGCCGCCGCAUCAUUAACGACGCUGCAGCUCACGAAAUGCGACGAGAAGAAAGGCGCGGCCGUCGGCAUCGACCUCGGCACGACGUACAGCUGCGUGGGAAGCUUCCGCAACGGCAAGGUUGAAAUAUUGGCGAACGCCGAGGGUAUGAGGACGACGCCGUCCUAUGUGGCUUUAUCAACGGGCCACGAGCGACUGGUCGGCGACGCGGCGAAGAACCAGGCCGCGCGAAACGCCAGAGGCACGAUUUAUGAUGCGAAACGCUUGAUUGGCCGAUUGGCCUCCGAUUCCACGGUAAAAGCUGAUCUAAAGAGGUGGCCCUUCGACGUCGUCGCCGGCGAGGGCGGCAAGGCCAUGAUCCGGGCGACGAGUCCCGACGGCCAAACAUCUACGUUACACCCCGAGGAGGUCUCCGCGGCUGUGUUGUCGAAGCUCAAGAAGGACGCCGAGAGCGCGUUGGGUAAAAGUGUGGAUCGAGCCGUGAUCACCGUACCGGCGUAUUUUAAUGAUGCGCAGCGCCAGGCCACGAAAGACGCUGGCGCGAUUGCCGGUCUUGAGGUGUUGCGGAUCAUCAACGAACCGACGGCGGCGGCCCUAGCCUACGGGCUCGGCGGGAAGGAUUCGAGGGGCAACGACGCCGACGCGACCUCUGCGAGGCCCGUUACUGUUUUAGUCUACGACCUCGGGGGUGGCACCUUCGACGCCACUCUGUUAGAGAUGGAGAGCGGCGUGCUGGAAGUCAAGGCGACGGCGGGCGACACGCAUCUCGGUGGAGAGGACUUUAGCAACGCGCUGACGGACUUCGCCGCGCGACACCAGCGUCCUAUCCGCUUCGACGGCGUAUCGACGCGUCGUCGCCACGCAGGCCAAGCACUUCUGCGAGCAGCACCCCCAGUUAUUUGAUGACAAAAAAGGUAGCCCAGACGCGUCCUGGCUCGACGCAAAAGCAAGGAGGCGCCUCUACCUCGCCUGCGACCGCGCGAAGAGGGAGCUGUCGGCGGCGACGAAAACGAGUAUAGAUGUCGAUGCCUUGUACAAAGGCGAGGACUUCGCCCUGGACAUCACGCGAUCGAAAUUCGAGAGCUUGUGCGAUCCAUUGUUUGACCGGUCCAUAAGAUCUGUCAAGCGGGUCCUCAAGGACGCAAAAGUCGACGCGAAGGACGUCGACGAAAUCGUGCUCGUCGGCGGCUCGACGCGCGUGCCGCGCGUCCGAGAGAAGCUGCUGGCGUUCUUCAACAACGCGCAGAAAGCGACGCUGAAUUGUUCCCUGAACCCUGACGAGGCUGUUGCAUAUGGCGCCGCGGUCCAUGCGGCUUCCUUGGCCGGCGAGUCCGAGGGCGGCUUGGUGUUGUUGGAUGUCGCACCGUUGUCAUUAGGCAUCGAGACCGCUGGUGGAGUGAUGACGAGAUUGAUCGAGCGGAACACGACGAUCCCGGCCAAGGCAGCAAAGGUCUUCACGACCCACCAAGACAACCAGCCCGGCGUCGACGUCAAGGUCUUCGAAGGGGAAAGGGCGUUGACGGCGCACAAUCGGUUGUUAGGAGACUUUUCAUUAGGAGGCAUCGCGCCCGCUCCGAGAGGCGUGCCGCGCGUCAACGUGACUUUUGACGUCGACGCCAACGGUAUACUAUCGGUCAACGCUUCGGACGAGGCGUCGGGCCGGUCGCAGUCCAUCACGAUCACGGCGGACAAGGCCGGCAAGUUGAGCAGGAGGGACGUCGAGCGCAUGAUCGCGGACGCGGAGGCGCACGCGUCCGACGACGCGGCUGCUUUAGAUAAAGCGCGGGCGCGCAACGACUUGGAAGGUGCCUGCUACAGCGCGCGGUCGACGUUAUCGAAGCACGCGAGCGAUCUAGAUGUUUCGGCGGCCCAAGCGGAAGUAGACGAUGCGUUGAGGUGGUUGAACGAGAAUAAUGAUGCCGACGCCGACGCCGUGCGCAAGCGCCAGCAGGCCUUCGACGCGAUCGUCCACCCGGUCAUCGCGAAGUGCUACGAGGCGACCAAGCCGGCAGACGACGAUGAUGAUGGUGAAGACCCGUCGGACGACAAGUUCUUCGACGGGGACAAGUAG